UGUAUUUCAAAAUCAUUUCAUGAACUAGGCCCACAAAACAUUUAAUCUUACCCUUUGAAAGCUACAGCAAAUUAAAUAAUACUGUAAUCUUUUCCUCGAUUCAUAGGUGCCUAUUUUUGCUUCCAAUGAAAUACAUUAUUCAACAUCAAACUAGUAAUUACUGAUUGUUACCAUGUCCUGGAUACUGUGUCAGGCAGGCACAGAAGAUACACUCAAAAAUAAGAGAAACAGGACCACUGCCCUCAUGGAGCUCACUUUCUAAUCGAGAGAAUAUGGAUAUCUUAGCAUGAUCUCCUCACUACCCCCAGAAACCAAAGGGCAAACCAGAAUGACAGUGGGACAAUGAGGUCCUUGAACAUGAAAAGCAAUUACUGUUGUACAGUAAGUACCUUCAAUCACUGAUGCCACACACAAUACCUAGUUAUUUUACCAAGACAUGGCAAAAUUAAGAGCUGCAAGUCUGGAAAAAUGAAUCCACUAUGGGUUAGAGAACGUUGAACAUCUGUAACACAAGGGGUGUGACGUGACAAAAUCCUUUCUACCUUUUACAGGUUAAAAAGAAGCAGAAGAAUAAAACUGAAGGGGUUAUGCAAAAAGACAAGAAAGCGCUUCUGACGUUCCAGACCAAGAAGUAAACUCCCCAGAAAAUCGCUGAGCUAUUUAAAUAAGGCAAAGAAUUUGCAUCAUUUGGAGGGUUGUAAACAAGUUAAGAAAUCUGCACCUUCAUUUGGGCUCUAGCGGGGAGGGAAGCUCUACCUGAUGCUUGCGAUGACAAUAUAGUUCCCUCAAUCAGCACUCCAAAAAUUGAGAUUAAAAUGUCAUCGCUGACUAGUAAUACACUCCCUGCCCAUUUCCUUCUCCACCUUCUCUACAGGAAAAGAUACAGGUAAGCAGACAAACGCCAAGUCGGCCGUAAAACAUUACGAGCACCACCCUCUUUCGGGGUUUAAACUGACGCAGUCCCAGCGACCAGGGAGAGAGAAUCCAGAAGCUCAUCCUUCACCCAAGAAACCUGAGCGAACCUGCGACUGACACGCUGCCAAGCUUCGCAAGACCAGCUCCAUCCAGCAAGUGGCGCUGGGUCCGAGGGGAUGACGUAAAAGUUCACCGACCCGCGCUGCCCUCACCUCUGACCCCGCCGGGAGAAAGGAGAACGGGAUAAGACGGGGGCGAAGGUUCGAGGCAGGGUCCACGCACACAGGUGAAAAUCUAAGGAAAGGCUUCCGAAAUAGGGAAGUUCGAAUUUUCAUUUUAAAUUCUGACACCAAGAAGUGGUGAAUCCGCCAACCGGGAAUGCGCGUCGGGCCUCGAUGCGGCAGCCUGACUGGAAGCGGGCGCAGCUUGCGGCGUCGCAGAAAUGACUUGUCCUGAGGCGCCCUGCGGGCGUUGACCCGAUUUUCCACUGGCUCCUUCCUCCGACUAGGAAAGAGGGCUACCUUAUAAUAAUAGGAAGAGCCCCGCGCCACCAAUGCGGAGCCGCCUAAACUGAGGCCGCCAAAGAGACUUUUGGCGUCGCAGUGGCCUGCAGGGUCAGCGUUAGCGUCCCUCCCUCCUUUCUUCUACCUGUACCUUCUCCGAUGCUAGCUAAAGGCAGUCAUUACUCUAUAGAAAAGAAUAAAACUUUGGAGACACCUGUUGGGGAAAAUGUUGGCUUAGAAAAUUGACUUUUUCCCAUUGAUUUCAAAUACAUAACAAGCUUGUACUACUAUGAGAAUCUGCCGGGUGCUAUGAAGUCUGCCGUCGGGACUAAGAACCCUAGUCCAAUGGAACCUAAUCUGCGGACAUAGGGCUCCAACGUGGUUGAGAGCGUGUGCAUGAAGUCAUUUGGGCCUAAAUCUGGACCCAGCCCAGCCCAUUUCUCACUAGCAAUUGGACCUUAGAAAAAAAAAUCAUGAAAUGUCUUUGAUCCUCGGUUUAGAUUCUUCAUCUGUGAAAUGGAGCUAAGGAGAAUUGUCAAUUUAUUAAUGAAGCAUGGCUUGUGUUGAACAAGACAAGCUGGGUCAAGCAUUUGAAGAUGCUUUUGAAGUACUGAGGCAACAUUCAACUGGUGAUCUUCAGUACUCCUCAGAUUACAGAAAUUACCUGGCUUUCAUCAACCACUGUUCUCAUGUCAGAGGAAAUUCCAACAGCUAUGGUGUGCUGCCCACAGAGGAACCGGUCUACAAUUGGAGAACAGUAAUAAACAGUGCUGCGGACCUCUAUUUUGAAGGAAAUAUUCAUCAGUCUCUGCAGAACAUCCCUGAAAACCAGCUGGUGCAACCUACUCUUCUCCAGCAAAAGGGAGGAAAAGGCAGGAAGAAGCUCCGACUGUUUGAAUACCUUCAUGAAUCCCUGUGUAAUCCCGAGAUGGCAUCUUGUAUUCAAUGGAUAGAUCAAACCAAAGGCAUCUUUCAGUUUGUAUCAAAAAACAAAGAAAAACUUGCCCAACUUUGGGGGAAAAGAAAAGGCAAUCGGAAGACCAUGACUUACCAGAAAAUGGCCAGAGCACUGAGGAAUUAUGGAAGGACUGGGGAAGUCAUCAAAAUCCGGAGAAAGUUAACUUACCAGUUCAGUGAGGCCAUUCUCCAAAGACUGUCUCCAUCUUAUUUCUUGGAAGAAGAGAUCUUCUACUCACAGUGUGUUCAACCUGAUCAAGGAUAUCUCAGUUUAAAUAACUGGAAUGCAAAUUAUAAUUACACAUAUGCCACUUACCAUGAUCUAAGUCACCCUGAUUGCUAAAUAUACUCUUAUAUAUCAAAAUUUUCUGGCAUCAGAAAUCCCUACAAGUUUUAGGACUUUUCUCUGAAGACAGAUACUGAAAAACAAAACAAAAAACCCAAACUUCAUUAUUGCUAUCUUUUAUGAAGUAGCAUAUAAUCUAUAAUAACUUGGUGAAAAAUUUUGCCAGUGAACAACUUGAAAUGAUCAAGUCCCAUUUGAAAAUAUAGACUAAAUGUCCUUCCUUUUACUAUUGUCUAUGUAAUACUUCCUUCUAGAUGGAUAAUGCUAGUGGAGAUGCUUUGACUUACAUAUUGAUUUAAACAUUAUUUUCCUGUCAUACACUCAGAC